CUCGUUCAAAGCUCGUUCCCAUGUGCUCUCCCGCUCUAUCCUGUCUUAAUCCUGUCAGCUUCCGCCUCGCGAUCUCUCUUUGUCACACAAGCUCCCAUGUCUCGCCCCCAAACGCUCUUCGCUGCUGCCCAACACUCCCGGUCGUCUUCUGCACAACUACUCGGACAAAGCAGCCUGCCAUCUCUCCCACCCGAACUGUACGAAAUCAUCCUCGAUCACCUGGUGCUGCUCUCCCAAACCGACAAAUCCCUUGCUCUUCGGCUGAUACGCACGUGCAAGCACUUUGCCAACCGCUUCUCCCCAGCUCUCUACCGACACGCGUGUCUCAACGCGAAGAACGCCUCCGGCUUCUUUCGCGGAUUGGAUGGCCAAAUAAAGAGUGGCGAGGAGGGAACUUGGCGAAACGGUGGACUGGAGGGGAAGAUCAUGGUGGCGAGAAGGCUUAUGUGGCUGUCGAUGGUCAGGAGGUUGGAAAUCCAAGAUCCUAUCGCGCUGAAGAUGUGCCAGAGGACUUCGGAUGCUGUCUCUCAGCGGGACUUUGGGUCGGGCGAAGACAAUGUCAGAACUCAGAAGCAGACCUUCCUCUUCUUUGACAGUCCCCAUCCUUCUUGCCAAGACGAAGAAGCCGUCUUACUCUUACGCAAGGGCACGUUCAACCAGCAUAACGGUCCCCAUCUCUCAUCAUUCCUUCGAAGGGGAUUGUUAUCCCAUCUUGCUCAACGACACAGUCUCCACCUCGAACUUCCUCCCAACCAAUACAACGCUAUGACUACUGGUCUCUUCUGUGUCUUUACCCAGUUGAGCAGGGAGCAUCGGAGCUCUGUCGUCCUUUACGGCUGCCUAUGACGGCAUCGUUGAGAGGUUACUGUGCGACUUUACGGCCAACCCGCUUGAGUCUAUCACGUUAGUGUUGGACACCAACAGGAAGACAUCAGGUGCAAACAACUGGCACCGGAAAGCCGUACGACGCAUUGCGCGGUGAGCUUUCCUUAUGAUCUUGACUUUCCUCUCUCUAUUUAUAUGUCGCCACAGCUCUGCUGCGGCCGCCAUUCGACGCAUUCGACGAGUACAUGGCAAGCGCGCCGUUGUCGUUGCCAGCUAUGACUUUGAGGACGGCGAGACUGCAGCAGAGAUUGAGGGGGCUAUGUGGCAGUGCUAUAAUCUCGCAGUGGCAGGUAGAGGUGCCGAAGGAAACUCAGAGGUCACCUUCACUGUGACAUAGUGCAUGAGGUACGUCCACAGAGUGCAGCGUUGGAAACUUUGUAUAGGCCAAAAAGGUAUCAGAGGCGGGCGAAACUUGUAGAAGAAGAACCACCGAUGAAUCAAUAUUAUCGUCUCUUGAAAUCAAAUAGCUUAGCCGUCCGAUAUUGACUUGCGGGCUUAUAUAGAGGUAAAGGUGAUUAA